AUGGAGGUGAUGGAAGAGGGGAACCUCAUGGACAGGACUCGAAUCCUCCUACAGCGAGAUUCGGAGCACUAUAAUGCACAUCAAAUGGUCCUGCAGGAAAACCUUUGCGCUGGAGUUGUUGGUGGCAUUCUCGACUUCCCGCACUACGCCUCUUUUGCCGCUGUCAAGCUGGUUCUCUGGUGGGAACAAGAGUAUUUUAUGACUUUCCGCAAGUCCUCCAGACUCUUCGAAUCUGUGGGGGGAAGAGCCGCAUCUAUGUCUGACGAGGGGAAUCUGAGGGGCUGCGGUGGAGUUGCAACUGCAUACCUACCCCAAACCUUGGCGAAAACCCUGGCUGAAUCUUCGGAGCAAUUACUGGAACAUCUCCACGGGCUAACUCAGGAGGCACUUGACCACGCUGACCUCACUGUGCUCACUGGGACGUUGGGCGCGGCAGCGCUCAUCAGGAACUGCAUCUGGAUGUACCAUCAACAUCUCUUUCAAUCAUCCGAGGGAAUUUCGUUGAGCAGUUCGUACAAGUCUUUUCAAGAGAUGGCCGAGGCUUUGGCAGAACGACUGUUGGAUCUUCACAUACGACUGAUCUCUCUCUAUGUUUUGCAAGAUGCAGAUUGCCUCGAUUGGAAGGCGCAACAAUCCUUUUUCGAGAAAGGACGGUCAUCUUUCACAGUCCAGAUGUGGUGGCUCUAUAUGCAAGGUACCCAAGAGAGUUUAUGGAAUACAGUUCCACCAAGAACUGCGCAAAGGGUCCUAGGAGGAAUGUUGAACGAAUCUCUAACCAUCCUCACAUUCCGAUACAGUCAGGCACAGACGAGCGUCGCUCGCAACGAGCUUUUAGUUGCAGACAUCAGCAAUUUGCUGCAGUGUAUUCAGCAACUUCUCCUAUGUAUCUGUACUACGGGCGAGGAGUUAUCAGGUAUGCAGUUAACGUCGAAUGUCAUUAGGGAUGUUCACGCGAAAGCCAAUCUAUUGUUUCAAAUCCUGAUGGUCAGAGGAGCUCCGUUGUCCAUUCUUUACAAGGUUUUCAAUCGAGGCAUACAACACGUAAAGUGUUUUUCGCAGGAAGCAUUCCCAGAUGUUCAACCGUGGUUUCGAUUCGUAGUGACGUCUCAAAACAAAGCCGCAUUCCACAUUGCAAAUCCCUCUCAUCUACACACGAAAAUGUCGAUUUUUUUGGAGCUCUCUGUGCUCUUGACACAGCCCCAGCCAUCUUGGCCACUUCUUUUAAAAGUUCUCACAAUGAGAAAUUGCUGGUUGGCCGCGACCAUAUCUGCAAAAUUACUGCAAUCUCCAGUCGAGAUCGGAGGUGUUGGAGAGGAUGAAUCAACGUCUUGCUCAGGUUUUCUAUGCAGUGGAGAUUGUCAUUUGCCAAAAACUUCGGUCGAGUUUGCUCUUGUGUAUAUUGUGAUGAAAGUUGGGAACUUGUUAAAUAUUCAAAAUUUCUUCCUCGGUAGCACCGGUGUCUUCCGAAGUCACAAUUCUGAUUGGAGCCAUAGUUUCCAUAACUCUCUGGUUUGGAAUCAGAAGAGAACGCCAUGGGUUGAGGCAAUUUUAAGUGAAAUCUAUCCCUCCGUGGAUAACGUUGUUCCCAUAAUCAAUCAAGCCAUACAGAACUCGAUGAGUGUGGAAGACACGAUAAAGCUAGCGAUGACGUCGUUGAGCGAGAUCCUGGACUGCUUGCCUGCCAACGUCUUCAUAAUGUGCGAGAUCAUCGCGAAUCAACUUCCGGCGCACGUCAUGCCGAUUGCAGACUGCGUUCUCGCGCACCUUCUCAUUGUCGCGCUCUACACCCAGAUGGUGCACAGUCUCCCCGAGAACGCCUAUGUUUGCGAGGCUCUCUGCCACCUGACCGAACACGAUGUUUUAGAUCUCAUCAAUGCGAUCAGCCAAUUUGACGUCGGUUCAUUCCACGAAGAUGAGCAAAUGCUCAUCGAGGACGUGCAGCACAUACACGAAGUUCAAGUCAGCAAACUUCUUCUAAACCCUACCGGUAGAAUCGCCGUGAAGGUGAUGUAUGAAUAUCUGAAGCAAGACUAUCGCUGGUUGAGAACGCAGUUAGGACAACCGCCAUUGCCUGAAAACUCCAACACUCUCCUCUACAAAAUGUUUCACAUAGAUUCUGAACAAUACGAUCAGUUCCUGGCUGGCAAGUGGAGCCCAGAUUGGGUGGCUCUGCUGAACUCUCCCCUGGGCAUAAGUAAAGGAAAAAUGUGGGAGUAUUUGAACUUGAGGGCAGAAUUUUGGAGUGAAGAAGAACUGAGCGAGCACGAUUCAGCCGUAGUUGCAAAACUGAGGGCUUUGUUUGCUGAUUCCAGAUGAAAAAGCCGAAGUUCACAACCAAAUUGAUCCAUCCAUGAAAUUAUUAAGCAAACUACAUUUUAAACAUGAGAAAUCCAUAA